UUCGAUACACGGAUAAGCUUUUAAUAAUUUAGAUUUAGAAAUUCUAAAAUGAUCCAUGAUUUUCAUCUUUUUCAUUUGAAAUUUCAAAUCUAUUAAUAUUCAUUUUAUUGUAUUUUUUAAAAUUCUAUUCAAUUGAACAAUGGACCCAAAUGUCGUGGCCAAAUUGAUGAAAGAUGAUUUUGAUACACCCGAUCCUGAUGAAGAUUUUGAUGAUGCUGAUUUGGAAAAUGAACUUGCAGGUAUUAUGGGUGGAAAAUCUUCAUCCAAAACCAGUAUGCCUCAAUCUAAGAAACCUGUAGCAAAAAAACCGGCCAUCAAACCUGGAAAGCCACAGCCUCGUCAGAAUCCCGAUGCUGAAGAAGAUGAAAUGGCUGCUUUCGAUAUGGAUAAUAUUCAAAACUUGUUGAAAAAUAUCGAUGCCGUUGAUGAUGAUGAAGAUGACGAAGAAAUUGAUGAAAAUGAUCCUGCUUUAUUGUCCGAAUUGACUAAUGUAUUAGAAAAUCCUUUGCCUGGGCCAAGAAAAAAGACUCGAAGUCCAAAACCACCGAGUCCAGCCAUGCAACAAGAAAUAUUAACUAAAGCAAUGGAACCCCGAACCUGAGCCCGUCAACCAUCACCAAAAGAACAAAACAUAACGAAAGUAAAAAAUCUUCAAAUCGAAUACAAACGAGCAGCAUUGAAAGCUAAAACUACUGGUGAUAAAAAUGCAGCCUUAACUUAUCUGAGAGUUUCAAAGCAAUUAGAUGGCAUGUUGAAUUCAUUGAAUGCCGAUGAAAAUGUCGAUAUGACGCAAUUACCACCUCUUCCAAAAGAUUUGCCUAUUCCAACUCCACAACCGGAUCCGACUGCCGCUGCUGCCAAUGUUGAAGUGCCUGCAGAAUUUCAGCUAAACGCUGAUGAUGCUUCUAAAUUAUUCAAUGCACCAACUUCUGCUGGUUCAGUAAUGGAAGCAUUGGAACAACGUUUGAAAAAAUUCAAAUCGACAAAAGAACAAGCCGAUGCCGAAGGUAAUGGCAAUAAAUCUAGACGUCUUGGUCGAAUUAUAACACAGAUCCAGAAAGCAAUGAAAGAUUAUAAAGCUGGAAAGCCUGUAAAUUUUGAUGAGUUACCAUGUCCACCAGGAUUUCCACCGAUUCCUGUUGAAAAUAAAUCGGCGCCACCAUCUAUUCCAAAACCUGUUCCGCCACCUGUUGUUCCACAUAGACCAGCACCAAUGAUACCUGUAAAACAAUCAGAACCUAUACCAGGACCAGCUCAAGAACGACAGCCGGCUAGUGGUAUUCAAGGAGAAGGCGGAGAAGCGGAAAUUCCACCAGAAUUUCAAUUAAAUGCUGAUGAUGCAUCCAAAUUAUUCAAUGCCCCUAAAUCAGCCGGAUCUGUGAUGGAAGCACUUGAACAACGAUUGGCCAAAUUCAAAGCAACUAAAGAACAAGCUUUAGCCGAUAAUAAUGCAAAUAAAGCAAGACGACUAGGUCGAAUCGUUACACAAAUGGAAAAAGCAAUCAAAGAUUAUAAAGCCGGAAAACCAGUCGAUUUCGAUGAAUUGCCUUGUCCGCCAGGAUUUCCACCUAUCCCUGUGGAGAAUAAAGCUGCUACUGUUGCACCAAAACCAAAACAACCAGCCCAGAAACCUCGACCACCAUUGAAAAAACAAAUGUCGACAACCGCUUCUAAACAAUUGAAUUAUCUUCUGGAACGACAAAAGUUGUUCAGAGAAGCGGCAAUUGAGGCGAAAAAACGUGGUGAAAUUGAACAAGCAAAAGAAUAUUUGCGUAGUUCUAAAGGAUUUGAUGCAUUGAUUGAGGCAACUAGAAGUGGUUUACCGAUUGAUGCUGCAUCUAUACCGAUACCGCCACAAUUGAAUGAGGAUUUUGUGGUUGUUAGUAAACCAACCGAUGAUGAUGCCAUUCCACGGUCCGUAUUUGAUAUUGAUCGCGAUGAAUUGUAUGAUAAAAUUGCUCAAGAACUUAAGCAACAGAUUGAGAUGUGCAUUCGUAAUCGUGAAUAUUUUCUUAAAAUGGGUGACAUUCCUUCAUCCAGUAAAUUCGAAAAAUAUGCAGCUGACAGUAAAAAAGAUUUACAUAUGUUAAUGAUUCGAAGGAAUAAUGGUGAUCCAAUACCAUCGUAUCGGGUAGAGGAACGUACAUUUUCUAUUGUCGUAGCCAAUUUAGAUGUACCAUUAAAUGAAUUACAUGUAGAAGUUAUACGUGCAUUUGAUUUUUCAGGCACGCCCACUAUCGAUACUUAUGUACGAGCAGAUUUUCCAUUUCCAUCGGAAAAUCCUCAAUGGAAACGGACGAAAACAUUUCACGACAGUCUAACUCCAGAAUACAAUGAUACAUUAUUUUUCGAGAUUGAUCGAAAAUCACGUUCAUUACCGAGAAUUUUGAAACGACAUCCAUUAAAACUAACAGUUUAUGCUAAAGGUGGUUUUCUACGGAACGAUAAUCUUAUUGGCACUGUAUUGGUGAAACUGAAUGAUUUGGAAACCAAAUGUACUAUACAUGAAUGUUCAUCAUGGACACAAGGACGUAAAGUGAUUAAUGGACGUUUAGAGGUAAAAGUGAAAAUUCGUGAACCACUAUUAGCAAAACAAAUUGAAGAGAUCAAAGAAAAAUGGAUUGUAUUCUCGUAAUGUUUCAUUUUGUUUUUCAUACUACAAUGCUGUUAUUUUUAUUGUUCUUUAUUAUCGAAUUCAUAUUGGAAUUUUAUCAGCUAAAUUUUGUUCAGCAUGAUAAUAAUGAACAUGAUGAAUAGAUUUUCAUAAAUU